AUUCCGUCACCCGCAACGCGCAUUCACCGCAUACUUCCCAACCUUCCUUUCUCAAUUUGAACUUCCCUCUACUGCCUUCCUGCUUUGCCUACCUCUCCUUCAAAAGCCAUCAGCAUGGCUACCGACGAGAAAUUCUCGAGGGUAGCCCCCUCACGCCCAGACCCAGAGCUUGCGACCAUGGAUGUUAAGCCUGGCACGAUGAUCGAGCGCGAGUUGUUCGAUGAGCGCUACAAGCCCACACAGCGUGGUCUCAAGAGUCGUCAUGUCCAGCUUAUGGCGCUGGGAGGCACCAUUGGCACCGGUCUCUUCGUCGGAUCAGGACAAGCACUACAUAUCGGAGGUCCUCUGUCGCUCUUGCUAGGAUACAUUUUCAUCUCGGGUCUCGUCUACGCUCUCGUUACCGGUCUUGGUGAGGUCGGGGCCUAUCUGCCGACACACGGUGCGACGAUGGCCCAUCACUCCGUUCGUUACGUGUCGCGCAGUCUGGGCUUCGCUAUGGGAUAUCUCUACUGGUACAGUCUGGGGAUCCUCGUGCCCUACGAAAUCGUCGCCGCAUCCAUGGUCAUCGACUACUGGCAUCCAAACGUCAACCUCGCCGUCUGGAUCACCAUCAUGCUGGUAGUGAUCGUGCUGCUCAACUUCCUCCCCGUCGGCUUCUACGGGGAGACGGAGUUCUGGUUCGCCGGGAUCAAGAUCAUCACCCUGAUCGGCCUCCUGCUGUUGGCCUUCAUUCUCUUCUGGGGCGGCGGGCCCAACCGCCAGCGACUCGGGUUCCACUACUGGAAAGACCCCGGCGUCAUGAACACCUACCUCGUGCACGGGGACGCUGGACGCUUCGUAGGGCUACUGCAAUGCGUCGUGAAAUCGGCGAUCGCCUUUAUUUUCGCGCCGGAGCUGAUCGUCAUUAGCGGCGGCGAGAUGGAGUCCCCGCGGCGCAACCUUCCCAAAGCUGCGCGCCGCUACAUUUACCGGCUCGUCAUCUUCUACAUCCUGGGCGCGCUCGCCAUCGGGGUCAUCUGCUCGUCCAACGCCCCGCAGCUCGUAAAUGGCACCGGUACCGACGCCUCCUCCUCGCCCUGGGUCGUGGCCAUCUCGAACGCGGGCAUCCCCGUCCUCGACAGCAUCGUCAACGCCGCCAUCCUGACGUCAGCCUGGUCCGCCGGCAAUUCCUUCUUGUACAUGUCGUCGCGCUCACUCUACUCCCUCGCCGUCGCCGGCAACGCCCCGACCAUCUUCAAGACCUGCAACCGCUGGGGCGUCCCCUACUUCGCCGUCAGCGUCUCCGCCCUCUUCUCCCUGCUCGCCUACAUGGCCGUCGGCAGCGGCAGCUACACCGUCUUCAACUGGCUCAUCAACUUCACCAACACCUCCGGCUUCAUCUCCUGGAUCUGUUGCAGUAUCGUGUACUUCCGGUUCGACAAGGCGGUCAAGGCUCAGGGCGUUGAGAAGCCUUACGCCUCGCGACUGCAGCCCUACGGCAUGUGGGUGGGACUCGUCGGGUCGGUGUUGCUGAUGCUCAUCAACGGCUUCACUUGCUUCUUUCCGUCUGAGUGGUCCGCCAGCAACUUCUUCACGGCGUAUAUCGGCAUCCCGGCGUUUGUGUUGCUGUAUUUCGGGCACCGCGUGGUGUUUCGCCGGGAUCCGUGGGCAUGGAAGCCCAUGGAGGUGGAUUUGGUGUCGGGCUUACAAGAGAUUCUGGAGGCGGAGCGGCCGCCUAGGCCGAGGGAUACAUGGGCGUAGAAGUUGAGGAUGCUGAUUGAGUGAUUCGUGGGGAUGGAGCCGAUUUUGGAGUGAAUGAGAAGGGAUGGUGG